ACUUUGAAGCUAGGCAGACCCACACCAACAAUUCACAUUCACUACAUAAUUGUAGUGACCCUUAACUCUCCCUUACUGAUUUUUUAUUAUACUUUUUCUUCUACAAUUCUUCAUUUCAACUUUGACAAAUUCUAGUUGUUAACUCUUAAAGUUUAGCAAGUGAAGCAACAAUGGGUGACAAAAAUGCAACACCGGUGGCUGUGAAGAGAAUAGGCAGAUGGGUUCGAAGUCGAUCGGUGCGAGAGCAAGUGACCAUGGGCGUGGUUGCUGCAUUUGCGUUGCUUGUUUUGAUCAAAGUUUUUGUUAAAAGCCAAACUUAUUUGUUUGUUGCAACUCAAGUUGCUCAUUCUGCUGGUAUCUUGCUCUUAAUUUACAAGCUCACUAUCACCAAAACUUGUUCUGGUCUAUCAUUGAAGACUCAGGAGCUUACAGCAACGUUCUUACUCAUGAGAAUCCUAUGUUUUUUCGGACUCUUACGUGAAAUACAUGUUGUUCUUGACUCCCUUACCCUUGUAUGUACUCUAUGGGUGAUCUAUAUGAUGCGUUAUAAAUUAAAGAACACCUACAUGCAAGAACUUGACAGCAUGCCUUUGUAUUAUGUGUUAGUACCUUGUGCCAUUAUUGCAAUAAUCGGGCAUCCUGGAUUGCCAGCUGGCAUUAUCUUGGGGUUUUUGUUCGUGUACUAUAUGACUAUUGAAGCUGUUUCAGUGCUCCCUCAAUUUCAGUUACUACAAAAGGCUAAGAUGAUUGAGCCAUUUACUGCUCACUAUGUAUUUGCGUUGGGUGUUGCAAGGUUCUUCUCAUGUGCAAAUUGGAUAAAUAUGCUUAUUGACAGUGGGGGAGUAUUCCUGACGAAAAUAGGGCAAGCACAACUUUAUAUACUGGUGGCUCUUAUCUCAGAGGUGGUUCAAACAUUCAUUUUGGCCGACUUUUGUUACUACUACGUCAAGAGUGUGAUGGCGGGAGAGCGCAUGAUGAGGCUACCUUCAAUGGUCUGACUCUAGGAUCCAUUAUCGGGGCAGAUAAAUAGAUAAUGCUGGGAGCUGCAACCAUGGACUUUGUUCAUGUAAAUGCUGAAGUUUGUCAGCUGUUUGUUUCAUUGUUUACUGCUUCACUGACUCACUUUACAAGCCCGAAUAAACAAUAACGAAUAAGACGUGUAUGUAUGCGUUGAGUCUCAGAUUGACUGAACAUUAUGUCCUUCAGCCAUCACCAACUCGAAAGUGAGCAAAUUUAUGUAAAAUACAGUACUAACCUUGCAUACGUUCAAGUGUGUGUAUGGUCUGAGUAAAACUGAGAGGAAAAGGGUGAAACAAAAGCUACAAGUAUUUAAUAA